CUGAACUCCAUCCAACUCAGGAACUGUCCGCGCAUGCACACGACGUCAGUCCGCGCGCAGCCGCUGCAGUCCCGCCCUCUGAUCCGGAGCAGCAGAGCUGCAGCCGGACCGCGGAUGGAUGCAGGGAGGAGAGACUUUGGCUCAGAGCUGUAGAAAGCAACAGAGGCGCCACAGCACAGACUAGGACAGUGUCUGAGAUCAUCCUCAUGUUCCAGGUUUAAACCUUCAGUUUGGAUGACAGCUCUUCGCCUUCACUCCCAGAGCCUUUAAAGCUGAACACCGGACUCCUGCUCCCCAGUGAUCCGUGUUGCCAUGCCGACUUCUACAGUUCUCGCAGCAACCAGGAGUCCUCAGAGGAGCUGCAGAGUUUAGUAGCAUAUUUACAUCCUGGUGUGUGUACAUAGGAGACAUUAGAGAUGCUCUUCCACUGGGGCCUGCUGCUGGGUUUGGUAUGGGUGGAGCACAUGACUCUCGCUGACGGAUGUGUUUGUCCAAAUGCCACCAUUCUCCCCCAGAUUCCCUCUGAACUUGCUGCUGCUGGUGGUGGUUGUUGCGUGAACUAUUCUGGCUCGGCUUUCAGCCACGUGCUUUGGUCUGUGUUCAGUAACCACACAAACAUAGAGAUUCUGGAUCUUUCCAACUGUAACAUCAGCUUCAUUCACAGUCAGGGAAAGGUGCCUUCUUCCCUGCAGAAGGUUUACCUGGAUGGCAAUAGACUCACCGUGUUGCCAAGGAACUUUCUUGCCAGCCAGCCUAACCUGACUGAGGUGAACCUGAGUAAGAACCUUCUGCAGGAGCUUCCUGAGGGCUUUCUGCAGGACUCUAACCGCCUCCAGAGGCUAUACCUGCAAGCAAACCAGCUACGCUCCCUCCCUGAAGAUGUGCUCCAAUUACCCCAUCUCCAGAGGCUGGAGUUGGAUGGGAACCAGUGGGACUGCUCUUGUUUGUUACUAGAAGGUCUGAGUGUUGGAGGGCAGACUAAUAGGACCUCUGCUCUUCAGGAUCUCAUGGGAAACCUGACCUGCUCCUCUCCUUGGCAAGUAGCUGGUAAGAUGGUUUGGUCUCUGAGACAACAUGACAUGUGUCGUCCAGCCAGCCUCACAGCUCUCUUCAUCGUGCUGCCACUCGUCAUUCUCUCCGCAUUGCUGCUCUGCUGGUGUUGUGGGAGGAAGAGGAAAAAGAAGAAGGAGGCUCCUGUUUUUGGAUCCUCAAAAAAGAGGGCUCUCGCCUCCAGCAGCCACGUCCAGAAACACCUCACCAAGCAGCAGCCUUUAGCCGGCGAGCGCCGUAACGAUGGAGACUGCAGCAAACAGGGGAUCUUGAAGAACCAUCAACCAUCAGACCAGACCCCCACGCUGCUGGACAGCAGUAAGGACAUCUAUGAAGAAGUGGAGAUCAAGGUGGGCUCUGUGGAGUCUCUACCACACUGCUCCAGUUUCACAGAAGGAAAGCAGGGCUCUCAGGGGCCCGACGGGGCCGCUCAGACCCAGCUGGAGCUGGACACGGUCAGCGUGACAGAAGUGCUGAAAGACUCAGCCGACAGGGAGAAAGCUUACAUGACUCAGUCCACUGAGUACUACAGCCUGGUGCCAGGGAUCGAACUGGAGGACUCGGACCACGCCGAGUAUGAGAAUGUUGUUCCUCCUGAUACGGUCUUAAAGGAACCGUCCAUCGUGUAGAGAUUCACUCCUGUGGUGUCACGAGGAGAAACCAAAGAGCCCAAGAUGUUUGACCUCCAACUUCUCUAACAGCGUUUAGCAUUAAUGAUAACUGAGUUUAUUGCAAACAAUAACACAGUUCCAGUGGAACACUCUUUCUUUCAUUUAAAUGUGCUGCAAAAAUGAAUCUGUAAUUCUUAAUGGUCCAUUUAAAAGAAUCCUUUUUGUUACAUUUGAUGCUUGUUUUUCUUUUCAAAAGAGAAAAUUACUCAAGUGCUUUAUUCUGAAAGGUCAUCUCCAGUAUAUCACUGUCUUUUAUGAAUCCAAAGACAAUGUUUUAGUGUGCUAUGAAGUCUCUUCAAAAAUAAAAUCCAUAAUCCCAAAAUCAACAUACUCUCCCCAAGUCAUCACUACUGACGUUUGGUUAAGGACCCCUCCACAUCACAUUUUGAUGUCUCGGGUGUCCCCAACUCGUCGUUUCUUGACGUGAUGGCUGUUUGUAAAAUCAAGGAUCCGCAACCCUCGAGACACGGUACCAGCUGCGGUACCAGAGGUGAUACCGGAUGCGCACUGGUCCUCGAGACGCAGCACUGGUACCCUAACCCAGAGCCGGUACCCUAACCUUAACCUGGUACUGGUUUGCGCCUGGUACCACGUCUGGUACCGGUUCAGGUCCGGUACCCUAACCUUAACCUGGUACUGGUUUGCACCUGAUACCACGUCUGGUACCGGUUCAGGUCCAGUACCGCAUCAAGUCCAGUGUCGAGUUAGGGUACCAGUGCUCUACUCGUAGUGGUACUGGACAGGUUCUGGUUUGUGGGCCAAAGUUGGAGACCCGUUAUUUAAUGGGAACAGCCAGUAUGUCAAAAAACAACGACUUGGGGGAAACCCAAAACGUCAAGAAGGGACGUGAAAGGGUCCAUAACCAAACGACAAUAUGUGACGACUUAGAAAUGAGAAUGUUCUGUCAAAAUCCUCAACAAGGCUGGUUGAAACCAUGUUACUCGUCCUAUAAGUAUCACGUUUUUCUGGAAUCAGGAAUCACUGUAAAACAAAAGCUCAGAAUAAAAUGUUUGAUUUUCAAAAUACAGAUUUUACUAUCAUGAACAAGACAAUCCAGAUUUCCCAUCUGUAAAAAUACUUAAUUUUGCCUCAAUGAGUGAAACUAAAACACUGGAAGCCACAGUUCCUGAUCUGCUGUGUCCAGACCCAAGAUGCAGAAGAUGUGAACGGUUUUUAAUCUCAGGGAAAGCCUCACUAUCUGCGUUUUUAAUCAGUCAACAAAAAUGACUCAUCUGAUAUCCAAACAAAGUCCAGCAGUUUUGUGAUUCAUCACUUUCACUGCUUGAAAGCCACUAACAAAAUCUGAUUCCACCUUUCCCUGAAGAAGAAAGAAGAAAAUGCUCUAACAUCAAAAACACGUCAGCCUCAACUUGAUAAAUGCAUCACGGAGGAGAAAAACCUUUAGCCGGAAAUGUUUCUUUAUAGGGACAAAGAGUUUGACAAAUUUUGUGGAAGCUGUUUUUUAUUUAACCAAACAAAUUUAAUGUCACAAAUGUUUAGAACCUGUUUUACAUCACCAAUAAAAAUACUUUUUAUUUGAGUUGUAAA